AGUUUCCUCAAUUGAGUCCCGACAAGUUAAACGCUCAGACCUGCAGGAGGGAAAGGAGGUAGAAAACUCGGCCAGAGCGGCUCUUAACCGACUGCAUCUCAUCUUUCUGGACCAGAUGUCUGGGUCUGCUGGUUGGCUUUGGGAUUAAAUGAUCUCUGAUGCUGCUCGUCGUCCUGAAGCCUGAAACACUCAUGUGGUUUCUUUACACGCCCGCAUUUGAGUGAAGCUGCGCCUCGGACCUCCAGUCGUCACGAUGAUGUGGAUUCUGUGGGAUGCCCUGGUUCUGUUAGGCGGUUCUCUUUUCACAUUUGGAACAGGUCCUAGCAGCUCAGCCAUGAUUGAAGGCAACGUUUCCAUCACCACAAAUGCCACAGCAGCUCCAGACACCUCCACUAGCAGCUCUUUGACUCCUGGCAAAAGCGUGUUUCCUAUUAACGUCCCUACAGAUCAAACAGGUUUCUUUGUCCCAACUGAAGCAGAGCAGAUAAGUUCAACAGUUGCAGAGGCUUUGUUUCUUGCAAACACGAUGUCUGUUGAUGAUCUUCGUGAUUCGACAAGCAGCAACAGCACUUCCACAACCAAAAGGCCUGCCGGGACCAACAACCAUCCAGUUAAGAAGUUUGUGGCGGCGGCUGUUCGCUCUCACUUUGAUGACUGUCCAGACUCCCACCAACAUUUCUGUUUUCACGGCACGUGUCGCUUCCUGGUUCAGGAAGAGACGCCUGCAUGCGUGUGUCAUCCAGGUUUUGUCGGGUUGAGGUGUGAGCAUGCAGACCUGCUCGCCAUCGUGGCGACCAAUCACAGGCAGCAGGCAGUUGCCACGGUGCUGGUGCUGUGCGUGAUCGGUUGUGUUCUCAUCAUGGUGCUGUGCUCAUUCUUACAUUGCUGGUGGAGGCAGGACUGUCGAAGGCGAAGUCGUGCGCAUCUCUAUGUGACAGAGAAGCAUGGAGUGCCCUGCUAUCCUCCAGAGAGUGUGGUUUGACCAGACGUCUUAGUUGAACUCGACAAAGAUCCAUGUGACUGUGCUCUGACGUCCUAAGGCAGGAGGUGAGAUUUUUUUUUUCUCAUCUAACUGGGACUUUUGGACUUCAGCAAACGAUGGAAGCUUUGCUCUUUGUUUCUGUGGGACAACGCUCUAUCUGAUCCCCUGAAACUGAAUAUGCGGACAAAUCCUGCAUGGGAGAAACUCUGCAACUCCUGAUUUGUGACUCAACUGAAAGGACACAAGGAAUUAAUCCCAUGAGGAUGCUGAAAUGCCAACGUUUUUUCCGGUUUUUGGCUGCAUGACAACGAUUCAUUUAAACAUCUCAGACCACAAUUCCUGUUUUUGUCUUUUAUCGUCUCUGCACAUCCAUUCUCAGAACCCUGCAAACACAAGGACCUUUUUAUGAAUCGACGGUGGGGAAAACUGAUGCUUUAAGAGUGUUUUAGUGUCUGUUUUUUAAACAAGGAGCUUACGUCACCUGAUGGAAGUAGGAAUUGUUUUUUUUUUACCGGUCUGACUGUAUAUUACAUAUUUUGAGCUUUAUGGGAAAAAAAAAACUCCAACUGGGAACUGUUCUGACGUGAUCUGGGGAGAAGUCUUCAUAGCUCCAGUUUUUGUGACUGAAAAUAAAAUGUUUGUCAGCUAUAAUUUUAAUUCCUGAGCUGUACUUGAAAUCGGAGGUUUUUAUUUUUCAUUUUAAAGUUGUAACCGUACCAACUCAUGCAUAACCAAGGUGGACACUUUUGCUUACGCUGCUUUUAAAAAAAAAAAACAGAAUUGCACUAUUUUUUUUUGUAAAUUCCUGUAAAAGAAUGUAAAUACUGCACAAAGUCGUCACUAAACGAGCGCAUCGACAUGUGGAGAUGCCAGAUAUGUCUGUAACUAAUUGCACCGAUGGGAAGGAGGCACGGCGUUUGCUCUUGUCCACCUGGGGGGUGUGUUUGAUUUAGUCAUGGCUCGUAGUUUUAAAUAAACAACAAAAAAGCUAGGAAACAUCCGGGUUACAGCGGGAAAUUUCAGAAAGGAAACCUCUGAUUGCUUUAAAAGAUGAUCUGUGGUGACGGAAUUAAAUAUUUAAAACUGACAUCGAUGUAAUGCCUGAAUAUUUGCUUGAGUAAAAAGUGAUUGUUUAUAUGCCAAAAAAAUACUCUGAGGAUGAAGCUUUUCUUUGUUUACAGACCUGAUAUGAAAUAUUCAGUGUUAAUAGGAAGUCUUUUUGAAAGUACCUUAAUGUUUGUUCUUGGUUUGAAAGCUGGAAAGCCUCAGUUGUUGAUUUACUUUUCAUUGAAAGAUUAAAAAUGCAAAUGUU